AUGGCUCAUUAUGACUCGUAAGUUUAAUUAGCAAACAGGACCCAGACUGAUAAAGGUGUGAUAAAAUGUGUUUUUCUCACAUUGACAUUUGAAAGAUAAUUGAAAUCCAAAUUUUACAGGACUGAAAAGUAUUAGCAAUAAAUAAACAACUUCUUAAAAGGUCAAAAUGAAGAUUUGCAGAGUCUCAGACCCUCAUAUGGUUGAAAACUCUCAUCGUAAUCUCACUCCUGGUCCAUUUAAAACUCCAUCUUUAUCUCAGUGUGACAUUUGCUCUCUGAUGAUGACAGGCUGGAUGACAAGGACUCUGUGGAUAUUCAUGACAACCCGCCUCUCCCUGAUAACGUGGUGAAAGAGGAAGACAACACGGUGAGAUAUCCAGUAACCAAUGUCCAAGAGACUGUUCACUAGUGAAAUAUGCUGUAUGGAUUUAUUCUAGCAGACAAGUGAGAUGUACAUGAAAUUUGGUAAACACACAGUUUUUGAAACCCUACAAAUGUGGCCCUAAAUUCUAACAAAAGGUUUCUCAACAGUCUUUUAUAGUAUUAGAUGUCCUUAAGAACAUACUAAAAGUUUACCAAAGUUUGACCACUAGAAAGGUGUCUUUUUCACGAUGGUGUCCAUGAUGGGCUGAAAGCCCGGGGAGACACCCCAGGUGAAUAGGGUAAAAUUUUUAACUAACAGAUAUCACCAUGAAACUUCCCAGGUUUAUAACUUACAUUAAGACAAAUAUUUUUUGUAUUACAAGUUUUGUCAAAUGUUAUUUUUGAAUAUCUAAAUGAGUCAAUAUCUAACACUAAUUUGCAUACAUUUCCAUAUUUAAUUAGAUAUUACCUCAUUUACAUAUUCCAACAUAACAUUUGACAAAACUUGUAAUAUAAAAAAUAUUUGUCUUGAUGUAAGUUAUAAACCUGGGAAGUUUCAUGGUGAUAUCUGUUUGUUAAAAAUUUUACCCUAUUCACCUGGAUGGUCUCCCCAGGCUUCCUACCCGUCAUGAACACCUUUCUAGUGGUAAAUAAUGAAAUAUUAACUCUUUUGACCAGCUGUUCGCGACCCAUCCAGGAUGUGGCCUUUUAGGUCGGGACCCACCAAUUGAGAACCACUGAUCUGGAGGAUAAUCAUGAUUAUCAUAAUGAUGAAUACAUGAAUAUUUGAUCCUCCAGUCAGUUAUCUAGAAACUAAAGAUUACCUAUUAUUCAUCUGCAUUUUUUGCACUCAAUAGAAAUAUAUUUAAUGCUUUUAAAGUCAAUAAGAAAUAGAUGAUCCAUAUCUCAGAUCCUUCCCUAAGUUCUAUAUAUGAAUCCAACUCUUGUUUGUUUUCAUUCAGCACAUUUUCUUUAACACUCACAGGUUGUAAUAUCUAAAAUAAGACGCUCUCUCAGAUCUCUCAUCAGUUAUUGUCAAAGUGUGUUUGAAUGAGUGAACUCCCUGUAGACUGAGGUACUGAGGCGUUGUUGUGUGUCUGUCUGUGACUUAUUGGCACUAAAUAGAGUCACAGAGCGAUGCUGCUGUACUGUGUGUGAACUGUCUGUGGAUUAUCAGGUAUUGUAGGGUUAAUCCACAGUUUGACAGACACAGCACACCUCUAAUCCUGCCUGUGACCAAGAGUCGCACCCUGAUCUGAGUCUGUCAGGCGCCCCUUUUUAUGUGUGUGUGUGUGUGUGUGUGUGUGUGUGUGUGUGUGUGUGUGUGUGUGUGUGUGUGUGUGUGUGUGUGUUUGUGUGUGUGCUUGGCUAGAUCGCAGUCAUAUAUUUAGGAGCAGCAGUGUCAGGCUUUGUUACAUUCAGAUGGGAAUUCUGUUGGUCUCCGCUGAGGUCUAUUUAAAGAUCUGAGCUCUGUCAGACAAUCCCGCCCGGGUUUGUGAGUGUGUUUGGAUGUGUGGGUACGAGGAUAUGUGUCUUUGUGUGAAUAAAAACAGCACAAAAUAUGAUCUCAGAUAUGAAGCAGAGCCACUCUCAAAACUAAAUCUACUCAGCAGAAAAAAAAAUCCCAGCGCUGUGUGUUGGAUAUCCUUUUGCAUGUAUGUGGCUUUGGCUCACGUGUUACAGACAGACUCCAUAUGACUCAGAUGAAGUUGGAUUAGUAUUAAUAGAAUCAUUGUCACAUCAACCUGUCAGGCUGUGGUCAGUGAGAGAUACUGGGACUUUUUUAGUGUAACCCUGUUGACUCCAAAGCACUUAAAGCUCCUGUAACAAAACAAGAUGAAUUCGGUGUUUAUGGUUCAUAAAGAAUGACAGUUUUAGCACUGUAAUUUUUAUGUCUGAAACCAUUAGUGGGGAAAGUUGUCAGAUGAAGUGACUAAUUUUGCCAAUCAGCCUUUGCUUUUACAUUUUCAGCCGCAAAGAUUCACAGUGAGUGAUGUGCUUGACUGUAAACUGUAAGUUUUUUUGGCUGAAAGUUGCUUACAGGAGCUUUAAGUUGUCAUGUUUUUCAUUCCAUUCUUACCAAAGUAUGAAAAGAAGAAAAAGGAAUUCCUGACUUUGCUGUUAGUGUUUGAAAUAAAUAGGGGUGGGAAUCACUUGUGGCCCCACGAUAUGAUAUUAUUGCAAUUUUUAACAUUUUGCAAUACAGCGAGUAUUAUGUUACAAUAUAUUGUGAUUUAUACAAUAUUUUCAACUCUUGAGCUAAUUUAGCAUUUGUCUUUCCUUUAUAUUUGUCUUAUUUACACAGUAUUUUAUUUCCAUGUAGCACAUCUUGCAGACUUCAUAUAUAUUUGUCAUACUAACUUUCUUCUGCUUUAUGACGUCACCUCAGCCAACCUCACUGGACAAACAGUUGAUUUUAUUUUUCUAUUACCAUAGAUUUAACUUCAUAUUAGCAAUCAAUUUGAAAAAAAUCAAUACUUGGUCAAUAAGACGAUAUGAUAUAUCACCAGAUAAAAUAUUGCGAUACUAUGCUGUAUCGAUUUUUUUCUCCCACCCCAACUAAUAAACAAAACUCACCACAUGAGCAAAUAUUUGUUUACACGAUGGAAUAUUAAAGCUGUUAAAACAAUGCCGUAGUGAAGUCAUCUUUAAAGUCAUAAGUUUAGCCAACAGUUGGCCACAUAAUGCUGUUGUGAAGAACGAGAAGAAGAAGAAGAAGAAGAAGAAGAAGAAGAAGAAGAAGGGUUUAUUGAUAUUGUUUCUGAAGGGAAAUUCGAUACUAAGGGAUACCACUCAUCUCAGCUUUUUUUAAAGUCCUCAUACUUCUAACAAUGUGGUGCUAAUGGGACAAAAUAUUAAGUAUAUGUGGUAGUCAUAAAGCCAUGAAUUUUUAUAUCAAAGCUCCUGUUGGAAGUUUCUUACAAAAUCAACUGAAAUUCAUACUGAUGAUUUUUGAUGAUAAACAAAUAAGACCAUUGGUGCUCAGAUUAAUGGUUUUCUUAUUGUUAUUUUUAAUGAGGGUUGGUGUUUGCCCAGCCGCUGAAGAAACACUUCUGUCAUUACAAUCUCCACAAUAAAGUUCAUAAUUUUGGCCUUGGCCUCCCAUCAGAUGAUUACUGCACUUUUAUAUCCCUCUUUUAUACUUCAAACUAUAGAUCUUUCUCUGUCUUCAGGUUUAUUUCAUCUAUGAUGAGGAGGUAGAGGAGGAGGAAAGAGAGGAAGCUCCUCCAGAGCCGGUCAAACUGGUCAACGACAGACCUCAUAAGUUCAAGGACCACUACUGCAAGAAACCCAAAUUCUGUGACGUCUGCGCACGCAUGAUAGUGUGUAUGUCAGUUAUGACUCUUUGUGUUUCCUCAAUGACCAGUGUCUCUGUAAACACAAGUUCUCCUGAUAUGAUUUAACUCUGUUUUCUCCUCAGUAAACAAUAAGUUUGCGUUACGAUGCAAGAACUGCAAAACCAGCAUCCACCACCAGUGUCAGUCCUACGUGGAGUUCCAGAGGUGUUUUGGCAAAAUUGUGAGUCCAAAUUAAAAACCCCAAAAAUGUACAGCAGAUAUUUUCAAAGACAUGACCUCAGUGUGCUCUUCUCUUUCGCUCUUUUAGCCUCCAGGGUUCAGAAGAGCGUACAGCUCUCCUCUCUACAGCAGUCAGCAGAACGCCACGGUCUCACAGCUGCUGCCUUUUUGUGAGUCCACGCCGUUUACAGAGAAAUUCAACUAAAAUCAAACAAAUCAAUAUAAAACCACCUGAUCCUUUGAAAUUAGUUUUGUCAAAAUGUGCUCCAAUCUGCAGGAUCAAUCUGCCAAAACAGUGUGAAGUUUGUCAUAUUUCACAAACUGUUCUUUUAAUCCAGUUUAUUUACAAAAGUUCUUGGUAGUUUUAUCAUGGUUAGUAAAUGACUUCAUCCUUAGUUUUUAAACUUGGCCAUAAAUGCCUAAAGAGCAUCUUUGAAGUUGUUUUUGCUCAAUGGCACAGGUAUUGCUAAGGUUUUAAACCCUCUUGUUACACCUUCCUGUCUUCUUUUGUAUUUUUUUUCUCUAUUUUCUUUUCUGUUUAUCGAUUAAUGUUGUCUGAUCGGCAGCACAAUCCAACCGCACAGACCCCGUGUUUGAAACUCUGCGUAUUGGUGUGAUCAUGGCCAACAAGGAGCGGAAAAAAGGAUCUGAGGACAAGAAGAACGUGAGUUUUAGUGCAGUUAUAUCUCAUUUAAAGCUCCUGUAAGCAAUUUUAAAAUGUUUGUGAAAUAUGUUAAAAUCUAUAUCAAUGUUUUUUAUGAUAAACAUAAUUAAACAAGACCAUCAGUGACAAGAUUGGCUAUUUUAUAUUGUCAUUUUUGAUGCUUUAAAUUGGUGCAAGGGGGAAGGUGUCAGCAGAGGAGCUAAAAAACAGUAACUUUCACGUUUUCCAUGUUGAAUAUUCACAAUAAUUCAUUCAUUCUAGUCUCAACAGUCAGCAGGAUGAAUGAGCGUCAGAAGACACUACUUAUGUUUAUGGACGUUAACAUAAGCAAAGACUUCUUUGUCCACAAAUUAAGAUAACAAAAAGUUCCUUACAGGAGCUUUAACUGGUGUUUGUUGUGUAGUGUUAUUAUCCUCCUUUAAACUUUUGAGUCAGAAUACAAAUUAUGUCAAUCCCUAAACCUGACGUGAGGUUAUCGUACUCGUUAUUUUCCAUCAUCCUCACUGUCACUCUUACACUGUCACUUUUUGUCCACUUAAAGUCAACUUUGAAUUUUACUUUUGAACCUGAGUCUUAAUGCAGACUGAACUUGUUUAACUGCAUCACUGUUGUUUUUCCUUUUCUGCUCAGAUGAUGAUGAUGAUGGAGGAUGAUGAGUCGCAGCCCAAACAGGAAGAUGAAGGAGGUGAAGCAGGUACAUGUACGAUGAGCUCAGGAAGGGUGGAGAUACAAAUGAAGGCUUUGAAUCUGAAAAUCAGCUGUUUAAACUGCAUGUUUGUUUCUCUUAUAUUUCCAACUAUUUUCUGCUGGACUUUGACUUCACUGUGAUGUACACCAGCAAACACAGAAGGAGACAAAAGAGGAGAAAAGGCUCCAGCUGAUGACAAGGUCAGAGACCUCGUUUUCAAAGAUGUCAACUCUGAUGGGAAAACUCUCAAUGAGUAACUGGAAUUUGUUUUUUGUGUUUUUAGAGCAAAAAAGUCCAGCCUGGAAAGAUCGGAGUGUUCAGUCAGUCUCAUUACUACCUGGCUCUGUAUCGCUUCAAAGCCAUAGAGAAAGAUGAUCUGGACGUUCAGUAAGCUCCUCCCCUUUACCUGUGUCUCUUUCUCUUCUAGUUUAUGUCAUAGUUAUAUCUAGAUAUUAAUUUUUUCCUCUAAAUCUCACAUCCUGUGUGUUUUAAAGCGCUGGAGACCGCAUCACAGUGAUAGACGACUCCAACGAAGAAUGGUGGAGGGUGAGUCCCCAAAAUCUGAACUGUUGUAGAUAACACCAAUGUUUAUAGUUCCAUUUACCUUCAAAGAUUAUGAUUGGCUUGGGGAUUAAUUAAGUCGAUUUUGGUCAUAACUUGGUUGUGUGAUUUUUGCCCUUACAUUAUUAUCUUUGGAGCAUUUACUGAAGCGAAGGUUACACCUUUAACUUCCAGAUCGGCUGUAGAGACCUACAGUCCAAAAUAAAGUCACUGAGAUAUACUCAAAGAUCCAGAUGACAUGUAGUUACUGUAAGACUGGUUUGUGCUCAAGUCCUCUUUUUUCUGUACAGCUCUGUUUUUAAAAGUUAUUAGGGGGUUUAUGUUUUCUAUGAUUGACACUUGAUACAGCCUAUUGGCGUACGAAGAUUGCGUACCUCACUAGGGGUUACGCUGUUUGAGAAGAGUGUCAUCACAGCAACUCUUCCGCCAAAUGCGUACAAUGCCACUGCACAAGUUGUGGUUACGGGAAGUGGAGAAAAUCCCUGAAAUACUGAGAGCAAUUCGGCCUCAAAUUCAUGUAAUGACAGAAGGCGGAGCCAAGUUGUCCAUGGUAUAUACAGUCUAUGUUCCUGUCCCAUCACUGGGCACCUUGGCCUCUAUGCACACUAAGCCAAGGCACAAGAAACCGUUUUACACUAUGUGUCACACAACAUCAAUAAUUCACAAAAUAAAAAACCCUUUUCAACCCAAAAAGUAAAAUAUAUCAAAUAAAUCAAUGUGGCCUCAAAAAUCUCCUAAAACAACAGUAGUUUGGGUAUUUUUUUACUAUUUCUACUUGAAUGGAAUCUUUUCUAUAUUUUGAAAUAGAUUUGUUUGGCUUACAGCAGGUUAUAUAAUUAUCUAAACUAGUUUUAUAAUGCAAGGAUUCAUGAACCAGAGCCAAAACCUUCCAGGAACACUCUGUUGGUCUCUGCUCAGCCUCCUCUCUGUAGUCCGUCCAGCUAUUUUCCAUCAGACCGUCACAGCGGACAGUAUGAUUGUGUCUAACAGCUCGACAUCAGAAGCUGGAGCUGCAGAAACUCAGUGUGAAAGUUCUUUUUUUUGUCUCUCCACCAUGCAGGGGAAGAUCGGAGAGAGAACAGGCUUCAUACCUGCCAACUACAUCAUCAGAGUGAGAGCAGGAGAGAUGGUCUACAAGGUGACUCGCUCCUUUGUUGGCAACAGAGAGAUGGGACAGAUCACCCUGAAGAAAGACCAGGUUCACACAUACUCACCCAGAAAGAUACAGACGCACAACAAAUCGACUCCUGUGCAGAUAAAAACACAUGAUUAUAUAACUAAACCAUAAAUACCUCCUAGUUGUACCUCCAUGUGGAAUCAACACACGAUAUGUUGUUUACUUUGUGCACAUUUCAUGGAGGGAGAGUCCAUGUGGACAUGCAGCCUAAAUCAGUGUCUGACCAGCUGUCAAAUACGUCCUCUAUAGACCGGUUGAUUUGUAUGGAGCCAGAUUAAACCCACCGCUUACUUAUUGCAGCUAUAUGUGGCCCAGCAUGCCAUUGUUCAUGUUUUUGACUGAAUGUGUUUUGGGAAAUCGUUUUUCAUCAUGCAAUUGUUACUCAUUGUUUGUGUUGUCAGUGUAAGUAUUCAGAGAAUGAUAAUACAGUUAGCGGAAAUGUGCAUGGCAUUAAAAUUAAAUCAACAUCCAUCCAUCUUCAACCACUUAUCCGGGGUCGGGUUGUGGGGGCAGCAGCCUGAGCGGAGAGGCCCAGACAAGAUGUUCCCCGGCAAACUGAGAGACACAGUCUCUCCAGCAUGUCCUGGGUCUUCCCCGCGGUCUCCUACCGGUGGGACGUGCCCUGAGUGCCUUACCAGAGAGAUGUAUGGGAAGCAUCCUGAUUAGAUGCCCGAGCAACCUCAUCUGACUCCUCUCAAUGCGGAGGAGCAGCAGCUCUACUCUGAGCCCCUCCCGAGUGACUGAACUUCUCACCCUAUCUCUAAGGGAGAGCCCAGCCACCCUGUGGAGUCAUUUCAGCCACUUGUACUCGCGAUCUUGUUCUUUCGGUCACCACCCACAGCUCGCAACCAUGGGUGAGGGUAGGAAUGUAGAUUGACCAUCAUAUCGAGAGCUUUGCCUUUCAGCUCAGCUCCCUCUUUACCAUGACAGAUCUGUGUAGCAUCCACAUCAAUGCUGACACGGCAUCAAUCCGCCUGUCGAUUUCCCGCUCCAGUGAAAAAGACCUCGAGAUACUUGAACUACUCCACUUGGGGCAGGAUCUCAUCUCUGACCCGAAGAGGGCACUCUGGCUGAGAACCAUGGACUCAGAUUUGGAGGUGCUGAUUCUCAUCCCAACCACUUUACACUCAGCUGCGAACCGAUCCAGUGAGAGCUGAAGGUCACGGCCCGAUGAAGCCGAUAGGACCAUAUCAUCUGCAAAAAGCAGUGACCCAAUCCUGUGGCCACGACCCUCUCAACGCUCUGACUGCACCUAAAAAUACUGUCCAUAAAAGAAAUGAACAAAGCUGAAGUGAAGUAUCCCAGACAAUAAGGUCAUGAUGUUUGCUGACAUGACAUCUCUUAAUGCAAGUGUUCCUGAUGUUGACAUACAGAGACAGAUGAAUCACGAUGACUGAUUUGACUUGUUGUGUAAACUCACGGCUGUGUGAAUUUAACACUUGCUGGAAAUGAACCCCAACCUUCACUGAAAACUUUUCCUUCAGGUUUGGAAAAGUAGGAGCUCAUCAGAGUCACGCUUUUCUACCUGCAACUGUUUUUGUGUUAUCUUGUAACCAUGGGGUGCAAAUGGUUUUUUAGUGUCUAGUUCUUGAUAUUUGUUCAAGGAGGUUACAUCAUGUAUGAAAGUGGAGGUGCAAAUUUGAGACACAUGAUCAACAGAACUUGACUGCAAAUGCAAAGGCUGAUCCGAGUUACUCUGAAAAUGGGGAAUAAUCAUAAAUAUUUUGGCAAUAUCAAAUACAACCCUGUCUGUAUUUUUACUGAAGUGUUAAGGGUUUUAGAAAAGUCUUAACAAUCAGCUGAUAUAAUUCCUUUGUCAGGCAUGAAGUCACGACUCCAUCCUGGGAGAGGCUUAAGCCAUAUGUAUGUUCUUCCAAGCUUUGAGACUCUGUAUUCAUAAAUCUGUAGUUAAUUCUCUCAAAUGUUGACUUUCACAACUUAUAUAUCAUUUCAACUCAAAACUUUGUUUUCCUCUCAGUUCUGAUUCCAGGGUCAAAGACACACUUAUGUGCAGGAAAGCAUGGAGGGAGAACAAAGACUACAGUCUCCAAAGAUCCCGACCUACCAUGUUUCUUAUUCUGUGUUGUCUCCCCUCAGAUUGUGGUGAAGAAAGGGGAGGAGGUGAACGGAUACCUGAAGGUCAGUACGGGUCGUAAACUCGGCUUCUUCCCCGCCAACUUGCUGCAGGAGAUCUGA